GAAGCUGAAGGCACUGAGGGAGAAGGAGAAUGCUCCUGUCUUCUUCGAUGCAGACAUCACUGACUUCACACAGCAUCACCAGCAGGUCCUGGAUGAGCUCCAGGCCCGAGAGAGACAGCUGGUGCUGGUUCAGGAGAGCCUUCCUCCAGUACUCUAUAAGGAGACAGUAUUUACUCUGUUGGCCUGGUUACAGCAGUGUGAGGCGAGGCUAGCCAUCCCCUCUACAGCCGUCACUGAAUACCCUACCAUGGAGGGGAGACUGAAGGAUGUCAAGGUAAUGCAGGUUGCGCUUGCAGAGCACCAGAGUGAGGUGGACUACCUGACGUCUACAGUGGACCAGGUUUUUCAGAAGGCCCCUCCUGAGAUCAGUCACAAGUACAGGACAGAGAUGGACAGCAUCAUGACUCGCUGGAGACGCCUGUCCUCAACGCUGGGGGAACAGGCGACCAAGAUAACAGAGCUUAUGGCUAAAUUACUGCAGUUCCAGAAUGACGUGAAGACUCUGAGGAAGUGGAUGGCUGAUGUUGAUGUGUUCCUGAAUGAGGAGUGGCCAGCGCUGGGGGACUCAGAGGCCCUGCAGAAACAGCUGGAGCAGUGCACUGCCCUGGUGAAUGACAUCCACACCAUCCAACCCAGUCUGAACGGCAUCAAUGAGGUGGGCGUGUCUCUGAAGACAGAGGCGGAGCCAGCAUUCGCCAUCCAACUGCAGAAGGAGCUCGAUGAGCUGAACGCCAUGUGGGAGAUAAUCUGCAAACAGGCCUAUGCUAAGAAGUCCGCUCUGAAGGGGGGUCUGGACAAGACCAUGAGCCUGAGGAAGGAGAUGGCUGAGAUGCAGGAGUGGAUCACACAGGCUGAGGAGGACUAUCUGGAGAGAGACUUCACUUACCAGACCCCUGAGGAGCUACGCAAGGCUGUGGAGGAACUCAAGAAGGGUCAAGAGGAGGUCCACUCUAAAGAGCUGAAGGUGAAGCUGCUGACUGACUCUGUGAACAGUUUCAUCUCCAAAGCCCCUCCGGCCGCCCACGAUGCCCUCAAGGCAGAGCUGGUCGUGCUGACCGCUAACUACCAGAGACUCUGCAGCCGCCUGGACGGCAAGUGUAAAACCCUGGAGGAGGUGUGGGCGUGUUGGUGUGAGCUGCUGUCCUACCUGGAGCAGGAGAACGGCUGGCUGGACCAGCUGGAGCAGAAGCUAGACGAGACAGACAGCAUCCCGGGGGGAGCAGAGGAGCUCUGUGAGGCCCUUGAUGCCCUGGACACAUUGCUGCGUCACCCUGAAGAUGGGAGGAACCAGAUCAGAGAGCUGUCUCAGACCCUGAUGGACGGAGGAGUUCUGGAUCAACUGAUCCAGCACAAACUAGAGGCCUUCAACACACGCUGGGAUGAACUCAUGCAGAGGGCGGUUCGUCGGCAGCAGCAGCUGGAGAGGAGUGUGCAGUGGACCCAGGAGAAUGACAAGACGCUGCGUCUCAUCAACGACUCUCUGGACGCCACCGACCGCCACCUGUCUGCCUACAUCGCUGACCACAUCGACGCAGCACAGAUACCACAGGAGGCACAGAAGAUCCAGACAGAGCUGAAUGGUCACGAGGCGACUCUGGCAGACAUGAAGAAGAAGAAUACAGAGAGAGACCAGUCAGAGAGAGUAGCAGCCCAGAUCCACCUGAUACAGAAGAAACUCCAGGAGGUGUGUGUGAAGUUCAGGCUCUUCCAGAAGCCUGCGAACUUCGACCUGCGCCUCUCAGAGUGUGAGAGGGUUCUCUGGGAUGUGAAGGCACAGCUGGGGGUGUUGGACAUACGCAGCGUGGAACAGGACGUGGUGCAGUCACAGUUGGAACAAUGCAUGAAGUUGUAUAAGAGUCUGAGUGAGGUGAAGUUGGAGAUAGAGACUGUGAUAAAGACUGGAAGACAGAUCGUUCAGAGACAGCAGACGGAGAAGCCUAAAGAGCUGGACGACAGACUCACUGCCCUCAAGCUGCUCUAUAAUCAACUGGGCGCGCAGGUGACGGAGGGAAAACAGGAACUAGAGAAGAGUCUGAAGUUGUCCAGGAAACUGCGUAAGGAGUUGAACAGCCUGACAGAGUGGCUAGCUGCUACAGACGCUGAGCUGACUAGGAGGUCGGCUGUGGAGGGGAUGCCCAGUGAUCUAGAGGCUGAGCUGGACUGGGCCAAGGCAACCCAUAAGCAGACAGAGAAGCAUGCUCCCCAGUUGAAGGCUGUAGAGGAGUUGGCUGAAGCCUUGAAGGCAGUGCUGAGAGGUCAGGAGAGCCUGGUCGAUGACAAGGUCCAGCUGCUCAAAUGUAACUGGGUCGCUGUCACCUCCAGGAGUGAGGAGUGGUUAAAGCUACUGCUGGACUACCAGAGCCAGGUGGAGACAUUGGAUGUGAAUAUGAAGGUGAUAAAGGAGUGGAUGGAGGGAGCAGAGAAAGAGAUGGACCAGAUAGAGAACCAGGGACCCAACGACCCUGUCCUCAAGGGUCUGCGUGGGGACUUGGAGGUGAUGCAUGGUAAGGUGGAAGCGGUGCGGGUGCUACACCAGGGUCUGAUGGGUACUUGUGGGGAACACUGCCAGGCACAGCUGGGGCCCAAAAUGGAAAAGUUCAACCAGCGUUUUGACAGCAUCGCACAGCGCAUCACUGCAGGACAGGCAGCAGCAUCAGCGGUGGAGGUGGAGCAGUUCCACAGUGAAGCUAAGAUCUGGCUGGACCUGCUGGAGGAAGAAGAGAAACAGGGAGAGAACCUCAAGGAGGAAGAUUUCACAGGACAGGACGGGACCUGUGAGGAGGGGGCAGUGAAGGAGCUGUUGCUGAAAGGACAGAAGCUACAGAGGAGAGUUCCAGACCUGGACAAGAAAGAACAGAUCAGAUUAAAACACAAUCAGCUCAACACUAAAUACAACAGUGUCAUGGACCUGCGAGGUGUGAGGAGGAGGAAGGCCCUGGCGAUAGCCCCCCAGUGGUAUCAGUACCGUAGGAAGACUGAUGACCUUCUCCAGUGGCUGGACGACAUUGAGAGGAGCGUGGCUGAACUACCUGAUCCAGCAGAGGAACAGAGGGUUAAGGAGAUUGGCUCAGAGUUCGAUGAGAAGAGUGAGGAUCUGAAAGAGGUGCAGGGAUUGGCCAAAGAACUGUCAGACGCAGGGGCGACCUCGCUGGUGCAGCCCCGCCUCCUCCAGCUCAACACACGCUGGCAGGAGGUGGAGGCUAAAUUCACCCCCUACCGCCGACAAAGUGAGUACCUGGGAGAGCUGCAGACCCUGCUGCGUUCCGUCUCUGAGACAGACUUCCAACUGAACUCUCCUGAGUACUGGCAGGCCGUCUUCUAUAACCUACCCCAGCAGGGACAGUGCCUUCAGGAGGUGAAGGUGAAUCUGAAGAACCUCCGCCCCCCUGUAGAGGGCGCUCUAGCCAGGAGAGAGGAGGUGGUGGCCAUCGCCACUCCAGCAGAGAGAACCAGGGUUCAGGAGACAGCACUGCUGCUCAACACUAACUGGGACAAAGUCAACAAGCUGUACCUGGACAGGCUCAGGCGCUGGGAGACGUCCAAUGCUAAGUGGCUGAAGUUCGUAGCGGACCAGAAGGUGCUUGGUGAUUGGUUGAGUGGUGCGGAGACCACUCUGAAACAGGCGAAGACAGACCCUGCUGGGACCAGACCACACCUUAAGGAGCUGCAGGAGAGCGUGGGGGCCCAGGGGGGCGUGGUGGCAGGGCUGAACGCUGCAGGGAAGGAGAUCAUUGGUCAGAGUACGCAGGAGGACGGAGCUCAGAUCAGGCUACAGCUCAACACCCUCAACACACGCUGGGUGAACAUCACCCAGGAGAUCGCAGAGAGGAAGAGGAGGUCUGCAGAGGCACGUACUGCAGCGAUGGGGCUGCAGGAGGACAUGGGGGAGUUCCUGUCCUGGCUGGAUGAGGCUGAGGAGGUCGUGGCCAUCCCCCUGACGCCUGGAGAUCACCACCAGAUGAACGCCACUCUGGAGAAAGUCACGGCUCGUGUGCUGGAACUACCAGCCAGACAGAACAAUGUGGAUACCAUCAACACGAGGACCGGCACCAUUCCCCUCCCUGCUGACCAACAGAAGGAAAUGAAGAUGAUCAACACACGCUGGGUACAGGUGUCUAAAGACCUGCCUGAGAAGCAGAAGCAGAUUGAGGGCUUGCUGAAGGAGCUGUCUCACUUCCAGGACCGGCUGACUUACCUCUCCUCGUGGACCUCAACCACCAGGACCACCCUAGAGGAAAACCCUGACAAUGUGGAACCCAAGCUCAUAGAUGAAGUCCAGGUCAAGAAGCCUGAGGUGGAGGGGGUGUUGGCUAAGGGCCAGGAGCUGUACAAGGACACGCCUCCCAGCCAACCAGAGAAGGAGAAGUACCACAGUCUGAGUGAUGAUUGGAGGGCGAUUCAGGGGCAAAUGAUAGUACACAGAGAGAGGCUGGCCGCUCUAAAGAUCCAGAAAACCACCAUUGAGACCCUCCAGGGAGACGCCCCAGCCCUGGCUCAGUUCAACAAGGCCUGGGCAGAGCUCUUUGAUUGGCUAUCCCUGCUGGAUCAGAUGGUACAGACACAGAGGGUGACCGUGGCCGACCUGGACGACAUCAACCACAUGAUCGUCAAGACCAAGGGAGCACUGGGGGACAUGGAGCGGCGGCGCCCCCAGCUGGAGGGUCAGCUGACUGCAGCCCAGAACCUGAAGAACAAAACCAACAACCAGGAGACACGAGCUGCUAUCACCGACCGCAUUGACAGGUUGCAGACCCACUGGGAGGAGUCACAGGGCAGACUGGCUGAUAGACAUCAACAGCUACAGAACAUGCUGCAGGACUCCUCUGAUUGGUUGGACGCCAGGAAGGAGGUGGAACCUCUCAUCAAACGAGCCAAUGACAAGCUGGAGUCGUGGCAGGAUAUUUCCUACACCAUGGAUGCUCUGAAGAAGCAAAACACUGACCUCAAGCUGUUUGUGAAGGAGCUGCACCAGUGGCAGGGUCAGGUGGACGUGACCAAUGACCUGGCAGGGAAGCUGUUAACCCUUUACUCUACCGACCACACACACAAGGUCACACAGAUGACCGACGCCACCAACGUUACCUGGGAGCACAUCAACAAACGUGUCGGGGACCGUGAGGCGGCUCUGUCAGCUGCUCUGAGGCUGUUACAGCAGUUCUACCUGGACCUGAAGGAGUUCCUCAACUGGCUGACGGAGGCAGAGACCACCUGUAACGUCCUGCUGGACGCCUCACACAAGGAGAGGCUGCUGGAGGACCCUGAGGCUGUACGACACCUGCUGGGGCAGUUCCAGGACCUUCAGGGGGAGAUAGAUGGCCACACAGAACUGUACCACUCUCUGGAUGAGAAUGGUCAGCGUAUCGUGACGUCUCUGACCGGCUCAGACGAUGCCGUACUCCUACAGAGCCGCCUGGACGACAUGGGCCAGCGCUGGGACGAGCUCCGCAGCAAAACCAUGAGUAUGAGAUCUCACCUGGAAGGGGAAAUGGCUCCAUGGAAGCGGAUACACAUGACCCUUCAGGAACUGAUAGCCUGGCUGCAGAUGAAGACUGACCUGCUGGAGCAGGAACCACCAGUAGGGGGCGACGUCCCUGCUGUGCAACAACAGCUGGACACACACAGGAGCUUCAGGAGAGAUCUGAGGGCCAAGGGCCCGGUGGUUAACGGGGCUCUGGACCAGGUUCAGAUCUUCCUGUCUGAGCUGCCUGCUGAGAGGGAGCCUCAGCCUGUCCAGAGAGACAUCAGUCCAGAGGAGCGUGCCCAGAACGUGGGGCGUGUCCUGCGAAAGGAAGCAGAGGAUGUGGCGUCUGGGUGGGAGGGGCUUAACGAGGAGGCCGCUGAUUGGCAGAGGAGGCUGGAGCUGGCUCUGGAUAGGCUGUUGGAGCUUCAGAAGGCCCAGGACCAGCUGGAGCUGAGGCUGAGCCAGGCUGAGAUGGUGAAGGAGGCCUGGGAGCCUGUAGGAGACCUGCUCAUAGACUCACUACCUGAACACAUCGACAGGGUCAAGGCGUUCCAGGCAGAGAUAGCUCCUAUCAAAGACGAUGUGAGUCACGUCAACAACCUGGCCUCUACCUUCGGCCCUCCUGACCUCGUCCUCUCACGACCCAACCUGGACAGACUGGAUGACCUCAACACACGCUGGAGGAUGCUACAGGUUUCCAUGGGAACGUGUAAAAAGUCAGGGGGUGGAAUGGCGGUGGAUGAGUUGGGGGAUGUGUCUGAGAUCUCCAUCAAAGACCAUCUGAAGCAGCUGACAGAUGCUCAGAGGGACUUUGGCUCUCUGCAGGGUUCUGUUCAAGGUCCAUUUGAGCAGGCGGUCUCACCCAAUAACGUGCCCUACUACAUCAAAGAGAAAACACCAGAAGUCCUGGCCCAGACCAUCUAUGACCACCAGACACAGACAACAUGCUGGGACCAUCCCAAGAUGGCCGACCUCUACCAGUCUCUGGCCGACCUGAACAACGUGCGUUUCUCAGCCUACCGGACAGCCAUGAAGCUGAGACGCCUGCAGAAAGCUCUGUGUCUGGACCUCCUGGGUAUGCCCGCAGCGUGUGAGGUCUUUGAGCAGCAUGGCCUGAAGCAGAAUGAGCAUCUGAUGGACAUCAUGCAGGUGAUGACGUGUCUGACCAGCCUCUAUGAGAAACUGGACCAGCAGCAUGGGAACCUGGUCAAUGUCCCGCUGUGUGUCGACAUGUGUCUCAACUGGCUGCUCAAUGUUUAUGACACAGGAAGAAGUGGAAAAAUCAGAACUCUGUCCUUCAAAACCGGCAUCAUCUCACUCUGCAAAGCACACCUGGAAGACAAAUACAGAUUCCUGUUCCGCCAGGUAGCCAGUGCAACAGGGUUCUGUGACCAGCGGAGGCUGGGUCUUCUCCUCCAUGAUUCCAUCCAGAUCCCCCGUCAGCUGGGAGAAGUGGCCUCCUUCGGGGGCUCCAACAUCGAGCCCAGCGUCCGCAGCUGCUUCCAGUUUGCCAAUAACAAGCCAGAGCUGGAAGCUGCUAUGUUCCUGGACUGGAUGCGUCUGGAGCCUCAGUCGAUGGUGUGGCUGCCUGUUUUACACCGUGUGGCGGCUGCUGAGACGGCCAAACACCAGGCCAAGUGUAACAUCUGCAAGGAGUGUCCUAUCAUCGGCUUCAGGUACCGAAGCUUAAAGCAUUUUAACUAUGACAUCUGCCAAAGCUGCUUCUUCUCUGGUCGUGUGGCUAAGGGACACAAGAUGCAAUACCCCAUGGUGGAGUACUGUACACCGACUACGUCAGGGGAGGAUGUGAGGGACUUUGCCAAGGUACUGAAAAACAAAUUCAGGACCAAACGAUACUUCGCUAAGCACCCCCGUAUGGGCUACCUCCCUGUGCAGACCAUCCUGGAGGGGGACAACCUGGAGACUCCCGUAACUCUGAUCAACUUCUGGCCGGUAGAUCAUGCGCCUGCGUCCUCCCCCCAGCUCUCCCAUGACGACACCCAUUCACGCAUCGAGCAUUACGCCAGCCGGUUAGCUGAAAUGGAGAACCGUAAUGGAUCUUAUCUGAAUGACAGUAUCUCACCCAAUGAGAGCAUUGAUGAUGAACACCUGUUGAUUCAGCACUACUGUCAGAGUCUGAACCAGGGCUCUCCCCUCAGCCAGCCACGCAGCCCCGCCCAGAUCCUCAUCUCCAUGGAGACUGAGGAGAAGGGGGAGCUGGAGAGGGUGCUCAACGACCUGGAGUCAGACAACAGGAAGCUACAGGCGGAGUAUGACAAGUUGAAGAAGGCCCACGACCACAAGGGUCUGUCCCCACUCCCCUCACCCCCGGAGAUGCUGCCCGCUUCGCCCCAGAGCCCACGGGACGCCGAGCUGAUCGCUGAGGCCAAACUGCUGAGGCAGCACAAAGGACGGCUGGAGGCUCGCAUGCAGAUCCUGGAGGACCAUAACAAACAACUGGAGUCACAGCUACACCGGCUCAGACAGCUACUGGAACAGACUGACUCCAAGGUGAACGGUACAGCCCUGUCCUCUCCCUCCACCUCGUCCCAGCGCUCUGACACCAGUCUGCCUCUGAUGCGUGUAGCAGGCAGCCAGACUACAGAGACCAUGGGUGACGAUGAGCUGUCAAGUCCGUCCCAAGAUGCAUUGGGGCUAGAGGAGGUGAUGGAGCAGCUAAACAACUCCUUCCCCCACAGCCAAGGAGGUCGAAGGGGAAACCAUUGAGAGGACUGAGUGUAGGCAGUCUGUUCCACAUGGCAGACGACCUGGGUCGAGCCAUGGAGUCAUUGGUCAACGUGAUGACGGACGAACAGAGUGGCGAGUAGCGGAAGACGAGGGCCCGCCCCUUACCCACUCCCCAACCAACCGCAUGCUUUUCUAGUCAAAACAACUGGAUUGGACACGUUUACAAAGAGAAAUAUACAUAUAUUUUUGUGAAGGAUCAGCAUUACAAAACUUGUAGAUUUCAGUAGUUUCUUAAAAGUAUCGAAAAUGGUUUUAUUAACAAAAAGGCAGGUUUUUAAACUUCUAUGCAAUUGUAUAAAAACAGAAGAGAAAGAAAAGUGUGUAAAUCUUGUGAACGUAUUUCCAUUUCUUUGUAUGGAGCAUUUCACAACAUUUGUAUCAAAAAGACAGAUUGUAAACAUAAGGGUGCUUUAUAUUACAAAACUAUGUUUAUUAUAACAACAAAAGAUGAGAUACUGUAAAGGCAAUGCAGUCGUCCUGUACCCUUUCAGCGUAGAGAGACUGACUGUGUGUAUGUAUGCACGUUUGUGUGUGUGUCUUGGUACGCAAGGGUGUGUGUGACGUGUGUGUGACGUGUGUGUGAAGGUAAUCUAUUUUCCACAUUUGCAUUAUAGCUUUUGCUUUGGGCUGAUGCACCUCUCGUUGUUUAUCAAACCAUCCAUCCAUCCAUAGGUCAUAGGUCAUCUUUUUCUUUAGUAGUGUCUGUUUGAUGAUCAUAAUAUGAUACUAUGCCCUUUGCCUCGUUCACCGCAGCUCUGGUCCACUCCUAUGUGUUGAAUCUACCACGAGGAGCCAUAGAGCACAGACUGAAAGGUCCAAUCUGGGAUAUUAACAGCCGUUAUUGUUGUUUUUCAAAUGAAGGAUUGGGCCUUUAACACUGACAGAAAGAAAGUAAUAGUGUUGUUUUAAUACCUAUUCAUAGUGGUUUUGUAGGAUUAUGGAAUUUAAUUUCAAUUUAAUACCAUUUAAAAUAGAGCUACAGUACAGUGUGACAUUCAGCUGUUUGUAAUCCUGAGAUUAUUUUAUUGAUUUGAUCUGAGUUCUCUCCUAGUGUGAUUGGGAGUGGUUUAAGAUACUAGUGUAGGAUUCUAGAACCCCCAGUAAUGCAAGCUCUACCUCGUUUUAAUUGGUCAAAACCCAACAUUCACAUUCUUCUUCAUUCUGAUCCUUCCUAGGAAGGUGCAGAAAAUAUUCUACUGUAGUUGGAUGCCAUCGUAAAGAACCCAUCCAUGUUUUGAAAUGGAAUGAGUCCCUCCAGAUACAUACACUGUAGUGUCCUCAGUGUAGCUGGAUGCCAUCGUAAAGAACCCAUCCAUGUUUUGAAAUGGAAUGAGUCCCUCCAGAUACAUACACUGUAGUGUCCUCAGUGUAGCUGGAUGCCAUCGUAAAGAACCCAUCCAUGUUUUGAAAUGGAAUGAGUCCCUCCAGAUACAUACACUGUAGUGUCCUCAGUGUAGCUGGAUGCCAUCGUAAAGAACCCAUCCAUGUUUUGAAAUGGAAUGAGUCCCUCCAGAUACAUACACUGUAGUGUCCUCAGUGUAGCUGGAUGCCAUCGUAAAGAACCCAUCCAUGUUUUGAAAUGGAAUGAGUCCCUCCAGAUACAUACACUGUAGUGUCCUCAGUGUAGCUGGAUGCCAUCUUAAAGAACCCAUCCAUGUUUUGAAAUGGAAUGAGUCCCUCCAGAUACAUACACUGUAGUGUCCUCAGUGUAGCUGGAUGCCAUCGUAAAGAACCCAUCUAUGUUUUGAAACGGAAUGAGUCCCUCCAAUCUGAAUGUGUUCAGAUACAUACACUGUACUGUCCUCAGCGGUUCAUUAAGAUAUAGAAAUUAAAUGUCAGACAUGUUUAAGGAAACUGGACCAGGGUGCACUACUGUUAUCCAUCCUGGACAGACUAGAGUUGAUCUUCUGUGUGCUAAUGCAUUUGUUUAGUUUUAUUUGUGUGCUCCUUUAUGGAAUUGCAUGGUGUGGGGGCGUUAUCAGUGUGAGAUCACAGUUGAUGUUUAUUUCAAACCCAAACAAUUGAAGGUAUUCUUCAGGAUUAUUACAGUUUCAUGACAACACCUUUUUGCUUCGUUUUGUCACCAUGUUUAUAGCAGCAUGAUCAAAGAUAAUGAUUCAUUAAUCCACUGUGUCAUUCAUUUCUAACCCUGGAGUUGUAUUGUCCAUCUUUUUCAAUAACUCAUUUGUUCCACAACAUAUCAAAUUCCACCAAAUAUAUGCCUUACUACUGUAUUAUAACAUGCUUUACUGUGUCUAUCAAUAAAGCGGUGAUGUUGACUUGA